GAACUCUCGGAUUUCAAACCGUGUGUGAAGUGAGUGAGGCCGCGCGCAGUGUUGUACCGUACGGACUACGGCCUGGGGUUUUGCCACGGAUUUACACGAUUCCAAUGGAUAUACAACGGACACAACAUUGAAGAUGACUUGAGUCACAAGCACAAGAGUGGAUAUUUCGCCAUGGCGAACGUGAAAGUGGCCAUCCGAGUCCGACCGCUGAGUAAGCGGGAACUCGAUGCCAAGGCACAGUUUAUUAUACAGAUCAACGAAAACACAACGUCAGUUACCAACAUCAAGCUGGAUGGCACCCAGGAAGGCUACGGAGACACGCGGGAAAGGCUGAAACAUUUUGUUUUCGACUAUUCCUACUGGUCUGUGGACCAGAACUCACCAGACUAUUCUGCACAGGAACAGAUCUUCCAAGACCUUGGCACAGAUGUACUUGCAUCUGCAUUUGAAGGCUACAAUGCUUGUGUGUUUGCCUAUGGACAGACAGGAACAGGCAAAACCUACACCAUGAUGGGAGACACUGAUAGACUGGGUCUUAUACCAAGGAUAAGUGAGGGUUUGUUUUCAAGAAUAGACGACCAUGUAGGAGAGCGUGUUACCUUCAAGACAGAAGUCAGCUACCUGGAAAUUUACAAUGAAAGGGUCAGGGACCUGUUGUGCCAUCCUGGUGCCAAGGCAAACACCUAUAGUCUCAAGGUGCGGGAACACCCAGAGAAGGGGCCUUAUGUACAAGAUUUAUCAAGACAUUUAGUAUCAGACUACACCUCAUUAGAAAGGCUCAUUCAAAGGGGCAAUGAAAAUAGAACAACUGCUGCCACCUACAUCCAUGACCUCAGCAGCAGAUCACAUGCAAUAUUCACCAUUUACUUCUCUCAGGCCAAAUUAGAAGACAAUCUUCCACGUGAGGUAGUUAGCAAAAUUCACCUUGUAGAUUUAGCUGGAAGUGAAAGGGCUGACCCAAACUACCACAAAGACAGGUUAAAAGAAGGUGCAAAUAUCAACAAAUCUCUGGUAACUCUAGGAACAGUCAUUUCUGCACUAGCCUACCAACAGGAGAAGGGCGUUACAAGUUCGCCCUGGACAUCUGAGAACUCCCUGCUGUCAGCCAGUACGGAGAGUUUCGGCAGUAUCGGGGAUGACCUGGGCUCCUCUGUCGGCAAGGCUGGGAAGAAGAUGGCUUUUAUCCCCUACAGGGACUCUGUACUGACGUGGCUCCUCAAGGAUAGCCUAGGUGGAAACGCAAAGACAAUCAUGAUAGCAGCCAUCUCCCCUGCCAGCAUCUGUUACAGUGAAACCAUCAAUACCCUAAGAUAUGCCAGAAGAGCCAAGAGGAUUGUCAACAGACCCAAGAUCAAUGAGGAUCCUAAUGUACGACUGAUCAGGGAACUCAGGGCAGAAAUCGGGAGAUUAAAGAAACUGCUGCAGAACCACGACAUGGCAAGGUUAUACCUAAUGAAUGGACACAGCUCGUACAACAAGAGGAGCUCCAGUAUGUCUCUUAACGAGGACAGGAACCAAGUCAUCACUGAGAUGCUCAUGAGAAAUGAAGAAAAGGUAGAGCAGCUGACGAAGGACUGGUCAGACAAGUGGGAGGAGACCCAGUCCAUAAUACAGGAGACACGGUUGGGCAUCCGCAGACCCAGCAGUGUAGGUGUGAUCGUGGAGUCACAACUACCUCACCUGAUAGGCAUGGAUGAUGACAUGCUGUCCACAGGCAUCGUUAUCUAUCACCUGAAGGAUGGAAAAACUAUCAUCGGGACAGAGGAGAAUGAAGAUGAACCAGAUAUUGUCCUAGAUGGCCCCUUCAUGGAGAAGGAGCACUGUGUGAUCAGGAAUGAGAACAACACAGUUUACCUCCAUCCUAUAAACGGUGCUGCCUGUGCAGUCAAUGGCAUGGACAUCACCACACCUAUCAGGCUGAAGCAAGGUGCAGUGAUUCUGCUGGGCAAAAUGCACAUGUUCAGGUUUAAUAACCCCUUUGAAGCCGCUCGCCUCAGAAGGGAGAGAAGUACAGGAAGUAUGAAUGGAGUUGGACUGGGUAGCACAAUGUCCCUGAACUCAGAUGGAGAGGGAGAGUCCCCCCCUCCCCUCAUCCCAUCACCUAUCUCACCCAGGAGUGUUCUCAGCCUAUCGUGGGAGUGGGAACGCUACCAGAGGGUCGAGGCAGAGAAGGUGGAGGAGGCAAGACGUCAGUUGGACGAGCUCCACCAGCAGCGGCUGCUGGCAGAAGAGGAACACCAGCGUCUGCAGGCUGAGAUGGCAGAGAAGCAGAAGGCCCAUCAGGAAGCCAUCGACAGACAGAGAGCACUACUGGAGAGACUCAGGCAGGAGGCAGACGGAGCUCAGUCCGUGGCAGAGCAGGAAAUCCAGGAGGCAAGGAGAAGACUUGCCCAGGAAAUACAAGAAGCUGAAGAUCUCAAACUGAAACAGCAGCAGCUGGAGAGGCAGGAGUUUGCUGUGCAGACAGACAGCAUGGAAUCCCGGGAGGCAGCGAUACAGUAUGACGUCAUGGGCCAGCCCAGGGACAAGGCCAAGCCAACCACUCAGUCCGUGUCAACAACAGCCACAACGCUAACUGAUCAGGUGUUGAUUGAUGAGACGCGGCUGAAGGAGCUGCAGGAGAAGGAGCGGCUCUUUGAACAGCUGCGCUGGCGAAUGGACCACGACACCAUGGCGCUCGAAAUGGACCGAGUCAGUCCCAUCGGUGCUCAGGACGAAAACGUCUACGUCAGUCCCAAGACGUCCACCGACGACGAUUCGUCCAGUGUGGCGACGACUGUCAAGGCUCACCCGAAGCUGGGAUUGCUGAAGAUGGAGGAGAUGAGUGAGGGUCAGACCCCGUCUACCCUCACCCCUGCCACCAUGACUCCCCUCUGUCACUCCCCCAGGAGUGGUUCCCCCACACCUAGCAACUAUUCCACCUCCAGUAUGUCCCUGCCCAGCAUGUCUGACUCCAGCAUGUCUAUGUCUAUGGAGCAUGGCGGACAGAAGAGCAAGGCAGCUCUCUCCAGGCGAAGGUCGAGGGAAGGUAGUUCUCCAACCAAGGAGAAACCAUCACCCACAGCUGAGGAUGUGACAGCAAGGCUGUAUCCUGGCUCUCCAAGCAGCGUGAGGAAAGCUUGGCAGGCUAAAGGGGAAAAGGAGGAAGGUGGCACAGUACCUGCACCCGAGAGAAGCAAGUCACCCACAACCUACAAGAAGAAUGGUCGCACUUAUGUCAGGAAAAGAGCGCUCCAUGAUGCAAGUGAUGAUAACCCCUUCAGUGCAGGUCAGACUCCUCCUGUGAAACCAAAGACACCAGGCAGACCUGCCCCUUCCUCAAGUUCAAUAUCAGAAGAUCGUGGCUCUACUGCUAACGGCACCCGGGCUACCAGUCCCAAGAGGGAACGGCAAAGGCAGCUGCAACCAAAGAGUCCAACAAAAGAUCGAAGCUCUGUAUCAACAUUACAAAGUGAUGAUAGUGUGAAACAGACAAGAGCACAAGAGCAGAAACAGUCUGUUGUAACUGGUACAACCGUGCAUCGCGAGAAACGUAUUGUGGUCAAGAAAGCACAGGCAGAAACAGACUCAGUAAGUUUGCUGUUGCAAGAGACUGGGGAUUCUUCAGAACCACUAACCAAGCCAGGUAAAAAGCACAGACCUCGAGUGUUUCAUGUAGAAGACUCUGUAGGAAAGAUAUUACAUGACAGUGGUGACCAGACUGACUCAGGGAUCUCUGUAUCCAUUGAAACCAUGACCACUCGUGUGGAGGUAAAGGCAGACCAAGCACAGACAUUCCCAUUGGACAGGAGAAAAGUUGAGUCUGAAGAUACCCAAACUCCACCCAGUUUUCUUGAGCAAGUUUCAGCCAGGUUGGAAGCAGUUCAGCAGACUAAAGAUUCUCUUGACACUCAGUCGAAGGCAGAUUCAUCAUCAUUUGGCAGCUUUGUUGGAAGAGACAGGGGUGAUAUUUUGAACAGAAGGGCAGUGUCAGCAUCAAGAGCUUCCUCAGUGGCGGAGACUUUGAGUGAAGAUUGGAGCACGGUGUCAGACAGUGCUGCCAUUGCCAAUAUCAAAAAGCGCUGGCAAAGAAGGAGAUUUAUUGACAGACCAGAAGACGUAUCGCCGAUCACGUGGGGACCUACGCCGUACCAAAGGCCAAGAUCAGCUGGUGAUGAAAGGAAGCCACGCUGGUGGUCAGUAGGAGGGAUGGGAGGUGGCGGUGGUGGAUCAGAUACACCGCUGUCCCUCAGCACUUCUGAUACGGAUUCCCUUUACAGUGUGAGAUCGGCAAGGAGAUACGGGUCUGCAGACUCCAUUGCACACGACGCAUUUGCCAGAAGUCUGAGAGGUGAGGAGGGGGCGUCACCCUCCCCAGCACCCAUCAGGAGAUCUAAAUCUGCAGGUGCUGUGAAGACCACAAGCAGUGGACUGGCCGCCCUUGCAGAUAUCAGGUCUCGAAGCCCGUCAUCCCGACUCCUCCCCACCCCUCCCAAGAGGAAACCUCCAGUAGGGGGCUCCAGAACAACUUCCCCUCGCAGUCCUUCUGGAGCAAAGUCUGCAACCAAACCUAAACUAGACACUUCAAAGAAAACAACCUCACACGAGAAAAGACUUGUCUCCCCUACAAAGCCGCAAGCAUCACAAGGUGCCAAACCCAAACGGGAAAUGUCCCCACCAAAGUCAGUAGAGAGGAAAAUUUCUUCAACAAAAGCUGCUAAAGGAGAAGUGUCGCCAACAGAAGCUGCUAAGUCUCCAACAAAGACUGUGAAAAGAGUAGGCUCGCCUACUAAGAAUACUUCUGGGAUAAAAUCGCCAACAAAGACCACUUCUCCCACAAAGCCACUGCCCCCAACCAAGCCGACUAAAGCAGUCUCAUUACUUGCCACAAAGUCAAAGAGCCAAAUGCCCAAACCACCAAUCACAAGACCCAAACCCAAGCUGGAUGAUCUCAAGAAAAAAGCGAAGAGCACCCCAAGAAGUGAACCAGAUGGUAAGGCAAGAGAAGACAAGAAAGUUAAGCCUCCAGUGCCCAAGAAACCCACAAGCCUUAGUAGAGAUAGUAAGGCUUCUGUGGGUAAGACUGAUGCUGCCCCUAAAGCAACCAGUCCAGUCAAGAGAAAGACUCCGUCUCCAGCUGCAAGAUCUCCCUCAGUAACAUCACCCACACGAUCUUCUCCAAAGUCUUUUCCAAGUGAUGCUUCCACAAGGUCUGAUCCUUCAGUCAAGUCCAAGUCUCCAUCAGAAGCUUCUUCCAAAUCUGACGGCAAAGGUAGAAAGUCUAAGUCUCCUGUGCAAAAAGGGUCAACAGGAAAACCAAGAAAAAUUACGUCCUACGUUAUAGGCCCAGAACCCAAUGUAGAAAAAUACAAGCCAAAAUCUAAAGUCCGUGCACAUAUCAAGAGGACGCUUGCAGAGAGAGCAAAGAGAGGUGAUACUCCAUCCAGCCAGGAAGGCUCCAUCCUUAGUGGUGGGACUUCAUCUGUUUCCAUAGCAAUGGAUGAUGUCAUGACCGAAGCGACAGAAGAGAGUGUUUAUUCUGAUGACUCUCUUGAAGGAGAGGAAGGUGCUGAAAUGCCUUCCACUCCAAAGUCCCUUACUGUGCAUCCUCUACCCAUCAAAGAGAGAGUGGAGGCAAGCUCUGACACCGAGAGUAUCUACUCUGUGGACUCUCUGAUGGCUGAGGGGGAGACAAGUCCAGAGAGCGACUCCCUCAUGAUCAAAAAAGUGGGUCACAAAAAGGUCAGGAAAGAACCGUCAGAGCUAGAGGCUGACAGUCUAGACAGUGCCGAUUCUCUGGAAGAUGCGUGGGAGGAUGGAGCAGUGGCAGCUUUGAAGAAGGCAGUGGAUGCUGGUGACGAACACGCAGCACAAAGGGGAGUAAACGUUCACAUCGAAGCUUCUGCAGAAAUGCAGUCUUCAAUGGAAACUGUGUCCACAGCUGUGAGCUCUGAUGUGACAUCACAGACAACAGAGGGAGCGGACGAUGCCUCAUCUGUUAUUGAACUCGGGGAAGAGAUGAUGAUUGAUAGUGAUGUUACAUCAGCUAGUGCUGCAGUGAUGGAAGGAGAGAUGACUUCAGAUGAUGUGCCUACACAGGAAGCCAGGGUAACUACAGAAGAGCCACAGCCAGCUGCUACAAGUCCUACAUCACUAAACCUUAAGGAAGUGCCACAAAAGCCUGCAGAAGAUGGAGAAAGUCCAUCUGAGAAGGACAGCCUUGCAUCAGACAGCUCUCCUGACAAGGAGGCGCGUGCUGGAGUACCUGCGGGGAAACAGUCCUCUGCAGAAGCUGCUGGUGAUGGGGAUGAUGAAGCUGCUAGAUAUUCUGCUGAUUCACUGAAUGAAGCUGACAGUCCUACAGAUGCAGAGGAGCCUAAACCUGCGGAGUCUGAGAAGACACUUGUUGAUGGCAAGGAAGGUGCUGUUGAUCAGCUAGGACAAAAAUCCAAAGGUGAUCAGAAGCAGCCUGCCUCCAAAACUGCCACAGGAGAAAGAUUGGACAAAGAUCUGACACAAGAACAGAAUACCUCUGUACCUGUAUCAAAGAAAAUUGAUUCAGACAAUGAGAGCAUGCAUUCGGAUGAUUCCCUUGCAGACUCUAGGGAGGCCAGUAGCUUACCAACAGGCAAGCAACAAUCUUCAAAGCCUGCUCGGAAAGUAAGAUACACAAGGAAGCUUCCCUCUGAGACAGACACAUUCUCCGAUGAUUCCCUGUCAGACAGAGCACACAGGUCAUCACCACCUAAGAUCCACAGAAGAGUCAAACAGCUACAAGACAGUACGGAGUCAGAUGGGGUGUACUCAGUGGACUCACUAUCAGAGGAUGAGCCUAAGUCACCCAGGAAGACUCCAGCAGCCAGAAGGGUGAGCUCAGAAGUAGCGGAGGCUUCUAUGCCAACACCAGAACCAAUAGCAGAGGAGGACAAGGAGGAGUCUUCAAGGGCUGAUGAUCAGGUAUCUGAAGACUCAUUAGGGGAAGAAGACGUGGCUGAAGAAAAGGAUGAAGAUAAACAACAGGAAAGUGAAGUCCAAGAGGAGGACAGUCUAACAACAGUUGAUGAAAGCCACCCAGAGAUUGAUCAAGACAUACCAGUAGUGCCACAAGAAGGAACAGAGCAAGAGCCCAAACAGAUUGACUCCAAACAGGAAACACAGCCAGAGCCCAGUUCAGGGGAAAGGCCUGAUCUUGACAAAGACUGGCAAGAGAUGAAGACCACAAAAACAGAGAGUGAAGAAACAGAAGAAACAGAGAUGAUCACUCGAGAAGAUGAGCUUGCUGAUCACAGAUACCUGCUAGCUGAGGCUAACAGGAGCAGUGAUCAUGAAGUUGACAGUGAUGCCUCCACUGAUGAGAAACAAGAAAGACUUGAUUCAACUAAUGAUGACAGAAGCCCAGAAGCUCCCGCCAUGCAGUUGGAAGAUCAUCUUGCUGAAGAGAGCCCGACAUCACAACCUGAUGAUCAUAUUUCAGAGGAGCAUGUAAGAGAAGUUGAUGAGCAAACAUCUGCAGAUGUGAGAGACAAUCAGUUAGCAGUAGAUUCAAGAGUACAGAGUGACAAAGAACAGAGUGAUGGAAGUGAUUUUGACCUUCCAAGUGUUCUGCACAUAAUUAGUGACAUACAGGCCCAGGCUGUAGAAGUAUCUAACCUCUUGACCACUGAAGAAGAGAGAGUCUUGCCAACCACAAUAGAAAGUGGCCAACAAACAACAAUCAGACAUACUAAGAAAACGUUGACAACUGGACCUGUAGUCGUAGAUGAAGUUGGGUUUGAAGAAGUCAAGAGUGAGUCUGCAGAUUUUGGAACACAUGCUGAGGAAGCCACAUCUAAGACACACACUGAGUCUGCUGCAAGUGCAGUCAUCGGAUCAAGUAGUACGCAGUUCAUUUCCAAUAGAGAAGGAUCAAGUAUGGAUGCUGAAUCAGAGACUGUUGGUGCAGAUGUACCUGGCUAUUCAGGUAAAGAUGUUUGCACCACAGGAACACAGUGGGACAAGCCAGAGCAAAGCACAGCUGCAGUAGGUACUGACAGUACUGAACAAAAAGACCUCAGUAUGAACACAGAGGAUUCCGCCCAGUUAAGUGACACAACAAACACAGAACAAGAUCUCCCCAAGUGUACAGAAACAUCUACACUGACACAGUUGGACAUGUCACAGCAAGAGGUAACUGCUGUUAGUACUGAAAGUGUUGGACAAGAAGACUUUGGCCUCAACAAAGAAGAUUCCACACAGCUACAUGACAGGAGAACAAACACAGAAGUUUCCCCCAAGUACACAGAUGAAUCAAAAGUAACGCAGUUAGAUAUGUCAGAGCAGUUGCCAGCUGCAGUAGAUACUGAAGUUGACAGACAACAGGACUUCAGGACCAGAACAGAAGAUUUCACCCAGUCUAGUGACAUUGCAGCAACUACAGAACAAUUUGUAUCUGAAUAUGCAGAUGCAUCAACAGAAACACAGUCAGACCAGGGGGUAACUGCACAUGCUGUUGUUACCACUGAACAACAAGAUGUUGUCAUCAAAACAGAAGGGCCUAUCCAGUACGGUGACAGCACUGAACAUGCAUCAAUAGAGACAGAGUUGGACAAGUCUGAGCAAAGGGCAUCAGCUGUAAGUGCGGAGGAACAAGACCGCUACCAUUAUAGUGACAGCACAGCAGAUACGGAGGCAGCUGAGCACACACAGGUAACAAGCACUGAUGACAUAGAUGUGACUGAUAGUCAUGAACAACUUGUUAGGGAUUCAAACUUGACCAGUAGGAGAGUUCCAGAAGCAGAGGAGUCCACUCUGAAAUCACCUGUGCAAGGAACUACAGCUUUUGGUGCCCAAUCUUCAUUGUCUUAUCACAAGGAGACAGAAAGUUCCACCAGACCACCAGGGCAAGACAGCAGCUCUCGUUUAGUCCUGUCUUCAACAUCUUCCAACUCAUUUGAACAACAGACAGUUGCGUCUCCCAGUGAUUUGACCCCACAUCUUGAGAAACAUUUCCCAACAAGUCACUUGGUCAAAAAGAGAGCUGCUGCUUCAAGAAAGGUGUCAGAUGAUGCAGAGAAAGACCCUGUGCCCCCACAGCCACUUUCUCCAGCCAUAGAGUUCUUUGCUGAGGAGUUUGCCAUCAGGACAGUUGAUGGUGCCAUGAGCUGGAUCUCUCAGGAGAUACGAGAGGGCACCACUAUUGAUGAGCUGAAGUCACAGUACGAGUCAAACAAAUUGAGCUGUCAUGACUUCCCAACUCCAGAAACUACCUCAGAAGAAGAAGAUUCACUGGAUGGUCCAGACAAAAAGGUUGAAACGUCUCGGCAGGUAAGCCCUCCUGCUGAAAUGGUUUUCAGGAAGAUUAUUGUGGAGAGGUCUGAAGCAGAGGAGGACUCGCCGCAAACAGAAUCUCUUGAAGAUGAUUCCUCUGAGGGAGCUGACCAGGCAGUUCCACGCAUUGUAGAAACAACACGAGUGAGCACGGUGGCUGGAUGUAUCACAUAUCACGUAGAACAUGAGAUAGAGGGGGAAGAAUCAUCUGAACAUCAAGGGGAGGAAGACACUGAAGAUGAUGACUCAGGCAAGGAUAUCACACAGAAUGACAUUGGGUCAGCUUCACCAUCCAAGAAAGACAUGUUUGUUUUCGAAACUCAGCAAGUGGAAAACUUUGCAGAGAGAGUCAUCAGCAAAGCCGUCACUGAGGCUGUGACCUCCGUCCUUACAACAGACAGUGAGAGUGACCUGUCAGACUUUGAAAAGAGUCCUGCAUACAGCAGAAAGAACAUCGGUAGUGCCAAGGGGCAGGAUGCAGCUAAGGCAACUCCUGCAAGAUUGGCAGAUGAUUCACAAAAGGAAUCUCUCCAACUGCUGAGUUCAGACACAUCAACAUACUCAUCCACAGCAAGCCUGGAGGACUCCUCCGAUCACACUCUCAUCUACCAGAAGUCCUUCCAGCUUCUCAGCUCUGACACCUCCACAUAUGGCUCCACGGUGAGUCUGGAAGACACGGUGGAGGACAUCUCAGACAAGACUCUCGUCUCCUCUCCAGAGGUUGAAAUGCUCGCCGACAGCGUGGUAUCUGUGGCCAUCAAAGAGGCCUUUAGAGAUGCCAGUAAGGCUGAACAUGUGGAUGAACUUCCUGAGAGAACAGAACCUGAUGGAGAGCAUCAGCCAUCUGCUGGUCCAAUCUUUGCAGUGGCUUCUACUGGGUCCCAACAGCUGCCACACAAAACUUCAUGUAUUGAGGAUGAAGACAGUGAUAUCGGUAUGACUGAUGAUGAACUUGACAUUGAUGAUGAUAGCACAGCUCCCUUAACCCCUCCUUUCGAGAAGGAGGCUUCAGAUCAUGUCCAUCAAGUCAAUGAGGCAGAUGAGUUGGCUGCUUGUAGUGAUGUCACAAUACCUGAAAUUGCAUCUGUACCACCCACAAUAGGUGAGGAUUCUGUGGACAUCGACAAGACAAAAGAGGAGGAAAUGCCAGAUGCAGAGCUUGCUCCUAUCAUUACCCUUGAUCCACUGCUGCAAGGACCUGAACAUCCUGUAUCAAAAGUAUCAGAUACGACUUCUGAAGGAACUUCAAGUACAGUGAUGCCUGAGUUACAGCAGGACCAGAAAGAAGCAUUGCCUUCUGAGCAAGUAGAAGCAUCCAUUGGGCCUGAGAUGGAAGACACUAUACAGGAGGAUUCUUCUAUUUCAAGUCAUGAUGAUACAUCAGAAGACCAGACAGAAGCUGAUGUGCAACAAGUUGUGUUGGAAGAUGAUGAACUCACGGUACCUCUUGCUGAUGUGUCCCUUGAUCCUGAAAAUCAGAACCUGUAUCCAGAGGUUGUCAAGAUAACACACACAUCAGAAAAUGACAAAGAUACAGUAGAGGAAGAUGUCAUGGCUACAGAUGAUGGUCACAUUGAGAACAACAAUGCCGUUGUGCCAGCAGAUGCUGUCAUACAUGCACUUGACCACUUUGAAGAACAAGCUCUUGUGACUGACAAGUCUGAGGAAACUUCUGAGGAGCCUGACACAGUGACGUGGGUCGAUAGCAUUGAGGAGGAAGACUUACCUGAGGAUGAAGAGAGAACAGUUGCAGCACCGUCUACCAAGGAUGCUGCCGAUGCACAUCCUCAGGCAGAUGGUUUUGAGCAAAGUGACAGGCACAAGACUAGCCAUGAGAGAGAAGAUGUAUUAGAAUGGCAGCCAUUUGUCUCUGCUGCAACUGUACAAGAUCAGUUGGAAAGGAAUGACUUACCCCAACCUCUUGAGUCAAGCACACCAAAUGGACACAAAGUCCCUACAGAUGCGGCAGCUCCUGUCACUGUAGAUAAAGUACUAACUGAAGACCAGAGGGCUAAACCUAUUCCUCCUAUGUCCCCAGACAGAGAACCAGUGCCUCAAGAUCAGACUGAUGAUGACAAAUAUAUGUCAGCUGCAAGCAGCGGUGAAGACAUUGACAGUUGGACAAAAGUUCUGGGAUAUAAGCCAGAUGGUGACUUACAGUCAUCACAGUCUGACAGUGGAGACGACAAGGGGACGACCUCUACUGAGGACACGGGAGACGGACUAGCAUACCAAGGGUUCACAUCUCCAGAGGCAAUGUCAACUGGAACUACUCCCACACCAACAUCUCCAUUCUUCCAAGAACCUGGCACCUCAGACCAGAGUCAGCCUUCCUUGUUUGAGCAGCAGUCCGACAGUCUUGACGUAGAUGCUUCAGAGACAUACAAAACUCAGCUACCGGAGGAAGAGCAGGCAUCUUCCGAUGGAACAGAGGAUGACGACAGUGCAUCCAGUUUCUCUGCCUCUUCAACUGACAGUGAGGAAUAUUCCGAGCAUGAUGCUUUAGUGGAGCGUAGCAUGAUGGUUUCUAGAAGUCAAUCAGAGCAAAUCCUGCCAGCUUCUAAAAGGCCGAGAACUAGUGACUGGGGUAGGCAGCAGUCGCUUGAAAGUGCAGGAAUUUCUGCUGCUGAGCCAAUUGGUGAACGCUCUAGAAGCUUACCUAGGAAUGUUGCUAUGGAUAAUGAUGAUAUGGAUGAGGAUACACCAAAACAGAAGGUUGGUACUGAACAGCCUUUAGAUGUUGUAUGUGCUCCCUGUCCUGUGCAGCAUGGUUCUGUUUCUUUUGAAGAGGCAGAGCCUCGUCAGUCUGUGAAUACCCCAGAAAAGACACAAAGCGAAGAGUCAGGACUUUUUGUUACAGAAGAUGCUCUUUUGCAUGACGAUGCCAUAGACAAGAAUUCAACACUAAUGCAUGCUGGGCAUGAGGCAGGAAUUGAAUGUGCUGUGUCAUCUUCAGUUAUCCGUGGUGACCUGCCAUCCUCAGUUUCUGUUUCUGACUUUGAGUUGCCCAGUAGCAAGGUACCGUCACAUCCUGAGUUGGCUUUGCCUGGCAGUCGGACCACGACGUUUUCAGUUGACAGAGAGAGCAUGGUCUCUGAUGCGUCUUUCCCACCAUCCACUACUCCUGAGCAGACACCACCAGGUGUUUCCCCUGUGCUCCUGCAGAAUACUACCAAGCUAGCAGAGCAUAAAGCCCCUGUGUCAGCUCCCAACGAUCAGCUGUCAGAUUCUUUGUCUUUGUGUGGACCCAGGCAAGUAGACGAGGCAGGGUCUUCAACAGAUGCAAAACUCAAUGACACAGCCCACAUCUUGCCAUCGGAGCAGGCCUCACCGCUUACGGAUCUCCCUAACAUGCAACCACAGGACCGCAGCACCCACUCGUUUGAGGAACAGAUAAUUGGAAAAACUACUGAUGAUUUGCCGCCAAGCGUUAUAACCAAACAAACUGAGACUUCAGCUACAAAUUUGCCAAGUAUUGCAUACGAGUCAAACAUCCCAUUGAACUUUGAAGUAUACAAUGCAGACAACUCAGCCCUGGAUGAAAAUACGGCGAGAAGAAACAGUGCUGGUGACACUGAAAGCAACUCAACAAUUUUACACUAUGAUUACCAGGGCACCUUACCAGAUCUGCCUACCAAGAGCUACAGCUACGGAAAUCAGCAAGCUGAGAUGUACCAGCAGAUGUCAGGGCACAUUGGGACGAGAUCUUUCGAAGAGGAGUUGGUUGGAAGUUACCCCAGCCUGCCAAUCAAAACAAAGGAGUUUGUCACCCCAGCUGCCACUCCCCUUCCAACUGGAUUGCAGGGUGCCUCUGAGAGUCAGCAGGUAGAAGAAACCUCUGAUAGGAGGAAGAUCACCCUACCAAUGUAUCACAGUCUGGAUAGCCAGGAGAGUGAUACACUGCCCUCUUUAGAAAGUGAUGAUGGAAACAGAGAAGGAGAAGACAACAGAGAAACUGAGCAGUGGCAAGGGCAUGUGAGUGAUGUAAAACAGACAGCUGUGACAUCUACACCCCAGUCUACUUCUCAUGAUCGUCAGCUUCUUGAACAAAGAGACAACAGUUGUGUUGUAAAUGUAGAAAGUCCAAACAUCUUGCAUCCAUAUUCUCUCACUCAUGAGGAAGGACUGAACAGCCAUCCAUACUCCUUACAACAGGCAGUACAGAGACGUGAAGCUACUUCAGAAACAUCUCACCUACAGAUGGAAUCACUCCGAAUCGAAAUAAGCUCUAUAGACAGCUUGACCCAUACCUCAUCCGAACAUGCAGUUGGCAGUGAUAACAUAGUACGUGGUACGUCAGUGGGAGAUGAAUACCUUCUAAAAACAGACCUCGCUGAUGGUGUUCAGUUCCAGCAGAUGAGACAGAACACAACAGACGUGUCACCCAGCCCUUUGAACGUGUUUGACCUCGACCCAAAUGACAACGACCUACGCGUGUUGAGAGAGACCCAGGAGAGUCUGGACAGGGUUCUAGCGGAGACAGGGUCUUUGAGUCCGGUGUCGUCAACAGAUGAGGUGAGGUCCAGCGACUCGGAGCUCAUGGCUCUGAUGGCUGAACUGGAAGAGGAGGAGUUCCUGGAGAAUGUUGGCAAGUCCAGCAGUUUUAGUGCCCUGGACCAGCGGCGCAGCUCCAACAGUAGUGAUGACGACUGGCCACACUCAGUGUCUCUUCCUAGUGUGAGGGAGAGGGAACUCUCACCAGUACUGCCUCUUAUUCUGGUCAGUAAACCCUCACAAGUUGAACCACAACAGAUGCCUUCUCUUGACAAUAAUGCUUUGGCACAACAGAACACAGCAGUCAGUUCUUUUGACAACCAACCUAGAGUCUCGGCAAACUUCUCUUCAUUUGAACCAACAAAGGACACUGCAGAGCCGUCUAUCUCUAUCCCACAUAAUGCAGAUGUCUUGACACUUCAUUCUGACAACGUCUUUGAAAGCUCUCCAGACAUCCCACAUACCCAAGACGUAGUUAUACUCAGAAGAAAACCCAAGGAAUCCAAGGAGACCAAAGCAGAGACGGCAGCUAAGAGAGUGUCGUUCAGUGACGAGGUAGACGUUCUUCAGCUCAGCUCUCAGUCCUUGGCUUCAGAAACAAGCGAGCCUGUGUUUACAUCUCCAAUAGUCACGACCACAGCUGUGAGGAAGCUAGAUUCCACAGUCAGUACUGUAGAACUCAAGUCUAUAUUGAAACCAGAUUCCUCACCACAGGGCAAGCUCCUGCCAAGUACUGAGGCAGAAAACUAUCAGGAUGCUGCUGCGAAAGAAAGGAUCACCUUUCAUCCGUCAGACACCAGUGGCUUUAAAACCCCCAUAGACAGCCCCAAGUUAAAGCGAAGAAACCCCAGGAAGCCAGGCAGCACUUGUAGUGAGGGUAACCUGGACAACCUGGACUCCAUCCUCACCAGCUACACUGCUGCAACUGGAGGGAAGAGCUCCAGUAUGGACAACGACAUCAAUGCUCUAACCAGACCACUCACAACACCUCUACAGGCAUAUGCAGUAAGGGUGAAAAAGCCUGAGGACAGCGAACCAAACGACCUCAUUGGGGAAACUGACAGCCCUUCACACACUCUCAACUUUGAGAACUCUGACAGUCAGAUUCAAGAAGCAUCCUCUCACAGACAUCAACACAGAUCAGCACAACAGUCCGAGUACAAGGACAUCCAGGCCACACAGAGUCCAAAUCAAUAUGAAGGUGACUAUGACUAUACAGGGACUCAGCAUGAUGCAGUUUUUGAGCAACUCACCAGAGGGCAGUAUUCUACUAGCAGCCCAACACCAACAAGUGAAAUCAUUUAUGACCUGGAUAAACCGGUUUUUCAACCUGGCUCUCCCAGCUCCCCUGGGGGUGUAACGGAAACUGUCAGCCAGCAGGUGUCCCCAGACAUGGAAAGCAGCAUGUACACACGGAGAGCCACCACAAGUCUGCCAUCAGAGAGUGCCCUGAAUCUGAGAAAUGCUGCAGUUUCGCAGGAAACACAACUGAGACAACAACAACAGAUGGAUCAAGACCUAGCUGCAGUGUCACCAGGGCAGAGGGCUGAGUACAGCGACACAGACAACUUGUCUCAGCUGCUGCUAGAUACAAGUGACCUAUCCAACAACAGUGACCAAACGUCAGACAGCACUAACACUGCAGAACUGUUCAGGGCAGCUGAGGACUUGGUAGGUGAUUUUGAAGACACUGAGACAUCCAACUCUUCACUCAGUCCAAGGCAAGGUACAUUUGACCAAGGUUCUCGUCGUUUUAACUUAGAAAGCUCCUCCCAGUCAUCCAGUAACACAAGUGUGUCAACAUUGGUGGAGAGAAGGGUUCAUGCUCACAGUCAGUCCAGUGAGACAGUGUCUAUAGAUACAAGAUAUGGUUCUGUUGGAGGCAUGGAUAGGCAUACAGCUGGGUCUGUCACUUCAGUCAAAAUAACCAAGGACAUGCAAACGGGAGACGACGACAACUUAGAGCCCCUGAGAGUGAUAACCCCCAGCAAGUACCAAAAGACAGUUUCAACAGCCGAUGAAGACCAAGUGCACAGAUCAUCAGGGAAGUCUCUAAGCCUCCCCAGCCUGGGGCCGAGUCCUCCCCUCAGCGCAUGGGACAUCUUCAGACAGAGAUUCGAGCAGAAACGGAACACCAUGGAGAAGGCGAUAGGAACGGAUGACAGGGAGAUGAGAAGUGAGGCGGUUGGUACUGAUGACAGGGAGCGGCUGCUGAGAAAUGCUGCUACAGGGAUGGAUGACUUGCCUGCAAGACACACCAGGUCUGAAACUACAGAAGCUGACUGGUCUCUAGAGUAUGAACACUUGUCGGGGAUUUCAUUAGGUACCACUUUCUCUACUGAACACUCAACGGAAUAUCCAGAAGAGGAAGGUCCUGGAGAAUAUCAAAUUACUACGGAACCGGAGUACACAGAAAAUGGCCUCUCGGAAGUUACAUCUGGGUACGGUAGCGAGCUGAACCUGCAUGCCGAUGCCAUCCGCCGACAUCGGGUGGCCAGCCAGAAGGACAUGACGAGACAGAAGUGUUCAGAAUACAUCCAGCGACAGGAGGGGUACAGCGAUGAGACCUCCAGUAAUGAGGAGAGUGAAGACGCCUCCUUCAACAGUCCUACCAGGCAGUCGGAAGGGCUGCUGAUCGAGGCAUCUGACUUGGACACAAAUCCGUCCAUCUCACCUAUGUACCUGAGUCCAGAUGGAGAGAGGGGUAAGAAACACGUGUCCUGGUCUCCUGAGCCACAGGUCAUCAUCUCCCAACAGUCUGGUGGAUCACAGAGCACAGACUCCCUGCUGGAUGAGAACCCUCUGUGCCCGACUAGUCCAGAGAUAUCAUUCAGCAGCAGAUCUGAUUCUAGAACAGAAUAUACAGCAUCAGCAAGCAAUGUCAGGUCAUCUACACCUGCAAGAAGUACGGGAAGCCCGCAGUUUCGAGAUGUUGGAAUGCCAGUACAGUUGACCAGCUUACUAGAGAAGUCGGCCCAAAGUGACAGUUUCACUCAGACAGACUCCUUCUCCUCACAGUCUCUCAACCUCAGCCUCUCUAGCAGUGGUUCCAGCAGUGACUUCUACACUAAAGAAAACCAGCUGCAGAACCUGAAACACGAGAGAGAUAAUAUCAUGGCUUACUUCGGACGUGAUCUCAGCAGGCAAGAGCUCACUGUAGAACUGGCCGAGGCCAAGAUCAACUAUGGCAUCGGUGAAACGGAUGCAAUGCUGAGGAUGCUCCAGUUCGGAUUGCCCCUGGAUCACCCCCUUGCUGAGGUCUACAUGAAAGAGAAGGAGAAGGAGGCUUUUGAGAGAGUGCGCAGCAGAAGUUCAAGUCCUGUGCGUAACGUCAGUCCAUCUAGGACACCCGCCGGCCUUCGCAGUGGCAGCGCGUCACCUGAAAAGUACAGCUCACCGACGGCACAUCUGCGCACGUCGUUGUCACCACAGGAGGCGUCGGUCGCAUCUCCUCAGAAACACAACCAGAUUGACGAGCUGCUGAUGGAGUACCAGAGGGCACGGCACCACGCGGACAUGGAGAUCAACAAGGCCAGGCAGAAGCUGAGGGAGAGGACGGAGGGCGAGCGGCGCAGGCUCCAGCAGGAGAUGGAACACCUGAGGACAGUAGAGAAGGAGAAACUCAGCACCGUGAAGAACGUAGAGAAAGCUGUGGUGGAGGAGAAGAAGAAUCUACUGAAGUGGCAGAAACCUGCUAGGACACCUGGAGAGACAGAUGGAGAGAAGACCAACAGAAAGAUGGCCCGGCAGCCGGUUGACCCACCAACACACGACAGCCCACAGUCGCCAAUACUUGACCAGCAUAUUGAUGCAGAGAUCCAGCAGCUCAGGCAGCAGUAUACCGCACUCUCCUCCAUGAAGACCGACAAAAAACCCCCACCACCCCCAGAGAAGGCCCACCAACAGCGAUACCUAGCACCACGUCAGGUCCACCGGCAGAACAGUGACACCUCCUCAGUCUCCUCCACAACCUCGUCUGUGACCAGGUGUGUGGACGAACAUUACACCAAGACAGAGGAGAUCCUCACAUCAGCAGCUGCCCAGCUCCAGAGGAUCAGGGAGAGGGCCAAGAGAGCUGUACUGAUGGGUCCGCCUGCCUCAGACGAGUCCGUGCAGAGUGCGAGGGGGAGGUCACCGACAGCCAGGAUCACACCCAGCAGUCUGCACCACAACCUCACAACACAGUCUGCUGCACCCCAGGGGAGACAGGAGACCAACAACAAGGAUUUCAACUAUUCACAGUCCCUACAGCGAAUAGAAACAGCUUAUCCCAGAUAUGUUCCACCUACAGACCCUUCUGUACCACAUGGAGGAAGGGUUGCGUACCCAUCAGAGUUGGACUCCAUGUCAGACAUCAGUUCUGCGCAGUACCUCUCUGAUGACACACUGUCUAUAGCAAGCACUGAGCACAGCCUGGCCUGGGACAACUACGGAAACACUCCCGACUCCAUCGUCACCAGAGAUCAGCCCCAGUACCACACUGCCGAGGACUUAUACGCUAAGUUUAGGAGGAAAGAUGCUAGACAUACUGCCACACAUUCAGAACUUGCUGCAUCCAGAGUACAUGAAACAUCAUCAAGGUUCAGCCAACGAAACAACGACUUGUCUCCUACUAGAACGAGAGACGUCUCACAGUUGCAGUCAAGCCAGGCUGGUACAAAAAGACCAGGUUUGAUGGAACACGAACAUCCUACCAGAGAAAGUCAGGCAGGAGGGAGAAGGGAAUUGAGAGAAGAAACAGCAUCUCCAUCUAGAACACAUGAGUACGUUGCAGGGUUACAGACGAGGACUAGAGAGGACAUUCCUGUGGAGUUGGAGCGGUACACUCCCCCCAGGAGGGUUACCGUGGAGACGUGGGAGGAGAUGGACAGGCACUACCAGGACAGGGUAGAGAGGCAGAGGAGCAACUUGUUGAAGGGGACCACAAGACCAUCACCUCAGGACAGCCCAGAAGCUACCGGCAGUCCAACAAGGGGGCCUGAAUCUGCCCAACCACAAGACCUCACUUCACUUGGCCAACAACUGACAUCACAUGUAAUGAGUGAGGUGUGCCAGGUGCUGGGUGGUGCAGGGGGUUUCUCCAGACCUCGGUCUGCUGGAGGCUGGAUCUUCCAGUCAGAAGAGAAAGAUGUGGUGAUCUAUAGAAAAAUUCUUGACAACUCUCCAAUCCACUGUUUCCUCGGGAUUGGAUUGAUAGCUGCCCCAGUGGGAACAGUGUGGAGAGUUGUUAGGGACCUGAACACACGGCGACAUUAUGACAGAACGCUCAAGGACAUAAGAACUGUGGCUACUUUGGGAAGAGGUGCAAGAAUCGUGCACAGUGUGCAUGAGACGUCGCAGUGCUUCCUACAGCAGCCACGGGACUUCUGCUGCCUGCUGCAGGAGGGCAGUCAGGGAGGGAGGUACAUCCUGGCAGCCCAGUCUGUGUCCCAUCCCAGCUGCCCCCUGACAGCAGGGGUUACCAGAGGUCACCUGUCCCAGUGUGGACUGGUGCUGGAGCCUGUGGUACAGGGCAACAAGGAGGUGACCAGGGUGGCCUAUCUCAUCCAGGUGGACCUAGGCGCCUCCGUCCUGCCCCAACUUGUCAACCUGGCCAGCAGGAAACAGCCUCACCUCAUCACCUACCUCUCCAACUACAUCUCUUCUCACACUUAGGAUGGACAACGCUUCUCAGCAAUAGUCAUGGCCAAACAACGAGCCCCGAACCAUGUCACAUAGCACUGUAGGCCUUUAUAUAAAAGGACUGUGUUCAAUGGAGAAGUAACGUAGUCUGGGGAAACUGUCACUGGAUGUAUCACUUCUCAUUUGAAAAAUGUACAUAUAAUCUGGAAGAUGGUCCAAAGGGUUCGCUUCAAAUUCAUACUCGUCUCUCGAAAAGGAGGCUUUUGGAUCAUGAUUAGUGAGCUGCUAUAUAAUAUAAACUGUCUGAUUUCGCAAAGGUGCUGUUGUAAAGAAUGGAAGGUGCAUGUAGCUGUGGUCGUCUGAAUGUCUGAAACGAAAUGGUUUCCUGUAUACUGACUCAGCUAGGUUUGUGCCGUCAGAGUGCCAAAGAAAAUGGUCGUGACUGUUUUGAUGUUGAACUUGAAAGAUGGAGGGUCGCAGCUGUGGUUACAUUGGUGCAAUCACUAACUCAAGAGUCCUCUGUUUUUUUUGGCUCCUGAAGUCUGGAGUUACUGACGACUAACUUAUCUGUGUGUUGGUUCUUCUCACUUGUGGUCUUUGAAAAGAAAGUCUUGUAGCAAUUGCUGAGCAAAUGUGUAAGAAAUGUUUGAAAGGAAAGAUUACAUGUAAGUUGUUGAGUUUUGUAUGUUACCCAACCAGCCUGGAAACAGGUGCUCUACUAUCUGUUGUUUGUAUAUUUUGAAAGGAUGCAGAAAUGCCCAGUUUAAAAGUAUCAAAGUUAUUGAUCACUGUAAAUCGUACUUACGUACAUGUACGAAGUGUGGUUGCCACCCUUGCCAACUCAUAAAGAAUUAUGAUAACUACUCAACUGUUUUGACACUGUGUAGACUUAUCCCAAUGUGCAAAAAAAAAGAGAUAUCUUGCCUUUAGUUAUCCAUGUCAACAGAGUGUAUACAAAUGUCAUGACAUGAUUUUAGCCUAUUCUAUACAGAUCAUCAUGGAAUCACUAUAUGUAGAUGUAUGGAUAUUUUAACCAUUUUUAUUGGGCAACAUUUGUGAAUGGAUUUUAAAAAACAGUUCACAUCUCCCAGUUGCCAAAAUAUAGGUAUGCUAUUGAAGUCGGAAAAAUAAGAUAUGUUUGGAUAUUUCCAUUUUGUGUGAUUUAAGCAAAGCUGUCAUCUUAUUCCUGGCCUGUUUUUGUGUUGAAUGUUUAUUAGAAGCCAGCUGUAUAUGUUGUUGUAGUUGUCUUACAAGCUGAAGAUGUACAUAUGCGUGAAUGUGCCAAGGUCGAAUAAUCUGUCUUGUUCUCGUUCCUUCUGUAUGAACUGUACAGGCCAAAAGUUUUUAUUUGGAGAUAUUUUUGUACAAGAUCAUAUUAUGUGAGAUUCUAAUAUUUAUGCCCAGUGUAGGUGUGUGCCCACAAGACAAUCAUUUGUCAAGUUGUAUUUAUAUAUUGCAUGUAUUUAUAUCAACACCAUACUUUGGCAUUUUUUAUUAUCGUUAUAUUUGCUUGUGAAAGUCCAAAAUUUCUGGCUGUAAAUUUUCCGAUGAUUGUAUUAAGAUGAUUGUGAUCAGGUAAUUCAGAAAUAUUAAAAACUGUAUUGAACAUGUACAAAUAUAA